UCAGAAAUGACGAAGAGGAGGAGAGGAGGGAGAUAGGACGAGGAGGAAGAGGAGGACGAGGAGGAAGAGGGGAGAGGAGGGAGAAGGCUGGGAAGAAAAGGAGGAACAGAGUAGGAAGAGGGGGAGACUAGAGGAGGAGGAGCGAGGGAGGAAAAGGAUGGCAAGAGGAGAGGAGGAGAGGAGAGGAGGAGAGGAGGGAGAGAGGGGAGGGGGCAGAGGAGGAGGGGAAGAGGAGGAGAGGAGGAGGAGGAGGAGGAGGAGAAGAGGAGAGGAGGAGGAGGGAAGGAGUGCGAGGAGGGGAGAAGGGGAGAAGGAUGAAGAGGGGAGGGGGAGGAGAUGGAGAGAAGGAGGAGAGGAGGCGAAGGGAAGAAGCAGAGGAGGGAGGAAGGAGAGGAGGGGAGAAGGCGAGAAGGAUGAAAAGGGAAGGAGGGGAGAAGGACGAGAGGAGGAGGGGGCGAGGAGAACGAUGGGAAGGAGAAGGGAGAGGAGUGGAGGAGGAGCGGAGUAGGAUUGGAGGAUGGGAAGAGGAGGACGACUGACACGACCAGCCCCUCAGUACAGUUUCAAUAGGUCAAUACCCCUCGAUCCUCUAUUUUGUUGACGGCAACACUCACACACAGGAGCUCCGACGAAUGUACAUUGCCGCAAUUUUGGUAACAUUCAGUUAAACCACUUUGGGAAAUCCAUUCAAGUGAAAACAUCGCGCUGGAAUGAACGGGGCUCAAGUGCUGGCAUAAAUUCAUUUUCAAGUGGAAACGUCGCGGCGCUGUAGCAAUCGCUGGCAGCAUGCAAGCCACAACCAAGAUGUCUUUCAAGGCAAUAGGAAAAAAAAAAAAAAAAAAAAAGCAUGUGCACAAAAAAUUGUCACUGGAUAAACAGUUAUAGAACUC